CUCAGGCCCCUCAAGCGUCUCGUCAAAAGAACAGAACCAUGGCUGACACCAGUGAGCACCGCCUGACAGACGGCGUGUCUGUGGGGGCGAUCAGGGCCUUCCUCGCAGACCUGAAGAAGGAGUUCCCCGACACGUACACUAAGAUGACCACGGAGGAUGCCUGCAAGCAACUGGUUGUGCCACGCACACAGCAGGACAACUGCGCCUACGUCGAUCUCUUGCGCAAGCAGUCGCCACAUGAACAUGUGGGCAAAGCCACUGUGUUUGUGUCGCACGCGUGGCGAUACAAGAUCGCAGACGUGCUCAACGUCUUGCUGGAGUUUGCAGAGGAACAAAGAGUAAGGAAGGAAGACAGCCAGCCCGUGUUCUUCUGGUUUGACCUCUUCAUGAACAACCAAAACGCCAACGUUACCGCCAACCUCCCACAAGAGUGGUGGAGCACGACGUUCAAGGAGUCGAUUGCCAACAUUGGACGUGUGCUGCUGGUGUUGAUGCCGUGGCGAGACCCCGUGCCACUCACGCGGGCGUGGUGCCUGUGGGAGAUCUUCUGCGGCGUCAGCAACGAGGGCACGGAGGUCAGCAUCCGCUUACCCAAGAGCGAGGAGUCAGAGCUGGAGGCCGCCAUCCGUGAAAGCUCUAAGUCGGUGAUGGAUACGCUGGUGCUCGUACAAGCACAGCGCGCCGAAGCAUUCAAUCCACGCGACAAGGACAUGAUCUUUGAGGCCAUUCAGAACGGCGUGGGCUUUGGUGCUCUCAACCAGGCCGUCAAGGACCAGCUGCGCGCGUGGUGCCUGAGCAAGAUGGUGGCUGCGGUGGAGGCCAUGCGGGCACGUGGAGAAGACGAGACACGGGCGUUCGCUGAGUUAUGCAACCAGGUCGGGCUCGUGUUGGACGACUUUGGCGAGCACGAUGGCGCAAUCGCGUACUACGAGACAGCCCUGCCGAUUUUGUUGCGCACUGAAGGGGAAAACGGAGAGAAUGUGGCUGCGCUGUACAACAAUCUCGGCACUGCAUACAGCAGCAAGGGCGAGUAUGACUUGGCAACGCAAUACUACGAGCAGGAUCUCGCCAUCACAGUGGGGGUGUUGGGCGAAAAGCACCCGAAUACAGGCAUGACCUACAACAACCUUGGUAGCGCCUACAGCAGCAAGGGCGAUUACGACAGGGCGAUUGAAUGCUUCCAGAAGGCCCUCGCCAUCACGGCGGAGACGCUCGGCGAGAAGCACCAAAGCACAGCUGACACCUACAACAACCUCGGCGGCGCAUACCGCUGCAUGGGCGAGUACGACAUGGCCAUCCCAUUUUAUGAGAAGGCCCUCGCAAUCAAGGUUGAGAAGCUCGGCGAGAAACACCCGAGCACAGCAGCGUCCUACGGCAACCUCGGCCUCGCAUACGCCGACAAGGGCGAGUACGACCGGGCGAUCUCUUACCACGGGCUGGCCAAGGAGGUGUUCGUGGAGACACUUGGCGAGAAGCAUCCACACACAGCAGACUCGUGCAACAACCUCGGCGUCGCAUACAAGAACGAGGGCAAGUACGAUGAGGCCAUUGAGCACUAUGAGAAAGCCCUUGCCAUCAGGACGGAGGCGCUGGGCGAAAACCACCCGAGCACAGCCACAUCAUACUUCAAUCUUGGCCUGCUGCAUGAUGAGUGCGGCAACAAGGAGCAGGCCCACGCAUGCGUGCAACAGGCGCUCGGCGUUUUCGAAGCCAUGCUCGGGCCAGACCACCCCAACACACGCAAGGUGGCGCGCAAUCUGCGGCGCAUUCGCGGCGAUAGUGAUAGUGGCGACAGCGAGCACGAUGACGGCGAUGCGCAACAGGAAGACACCGGCAGUGAUCAAGUGCAAGCUUUGGCUAGUCAACAAGACGAAGCAGACGAAGCAGACGAGCGACAGGGGUGCUCUUCACAGCAGCCGCUUGUCGGGUGGUUGCAGAAACGUGGGCGACGGAGGGCCGCCUUCCGCCCGUGCUGGUGCAAGCUUGACGACAGCCACUUCGCGUACGGCAAGUCCGCAGCACGGCCGCCAAAGCGACGCAUCUCCCUGUUGGAUGUACUGUCAGCUGAGCUCGCCCAAGACAACAGUGAGCUGCACGUUGCCGUUCCCAAGCGAACAUUCAUCUUUCGCUCGGACGACCGCUCUGACACCACGCUUGCCGAAUGGUGCAGGGCCAUCAACAACUGCCUGAACGAGUGAAGAAGAGUGGGUGAGGAUGAGAAUGGGUGUUGUGAGGGUGGGUUGCUGCAAGUUGUUUUGAGU